AUGUUCAGGUUACCAACACCAAUCCAGUGUGAUGCAAUUCCGGCUAUCCUUGGUGGAGGUGAUGUACUCAUAGCUGCCGAAACAGGUAGUGGUAAAACUGGAGCGUUUUCAUUGCCCGUUGUACAAAUCGUCUGGGAGAGGCGCAAAGAUGCGGCAAAUCCACGAUCUGUUGGGAAUGCAAGUUGGCGCCUAAACCUAAUGGAUCGUGAUAUGGGGCUUGCAUUGUCUCAGGAUGGGUUGUCAUGCGAGAGUCGCGUGCCGAAAGCUUGGUUUGGCUCAAGAUGCAUGGGCGGUGUACAUAGUAAAGGAAAGUACUACUAUGAGGUGAAAAUUACACGUGACGGCUUAUGUCGCAUUGGGUGGUCCGCAGCAAGUGCAUCACUAGACUUAGGUAUAUUAUUUUUCAUCGCUAAGGGACGGACUAUAAGAGUUUUGGCUUUGGUGGAUCCGGAUGUUAUCUCGAUCUUGAUAAUGGAAGAAUAUGUUGCCUUCCGAUUGGACCCAGAGUUUUCAAGUCCACAUUGUGCACUCCAUCCAGCUGUACUGGUGCAGAACUCAUCCUUGGAGCUUAACUUUGGUGCCACCCCAUUCGCAUUUCCACCCAAAGGAUUUGUUGCGGUAUCCGAAGCACCUGAUUCACUUGUCAAGUGGCGUGAAGUUGAUGUCCAAAACAACAGAAAUGAAGCAACAGGUGCUCCUGUAUGUAUUGUACUCGAACCCACUAAGGAACUGAUAGAACAGACUCAUGAAAACCUUGUGAAGUUCUCCAAGCAUGUGGACAUUCCAAAGAUUCGUUGUGUCUCCUUGGCUGCUGGUGCUAAUAUGGCACAAAUUCUGUCUGAGCUGAAUAAAGGUAUUGACAUCGUAACAGGUGGUGUUGGCCGUGUACUCGACAUGGUUGAAACGAAUAAAUUAUCCAUGAGUGAACUCAACUUCAUUGUUAUUGAUGAAGCAGAUCAAAUUCUUUCAUCGUUCACAUCGCAAUUAGAGCGACUGUUUAAACGAGUUCCAACCGUGGCGUCGAAUGGCAUGCGUGUCCAAGUUAUUGCUUGUUCGGCUACAUUGCACAACCAAAAGAUUACUCAGUUCGCGGACAAAUAUAUGAAUUUCCCACAGUGGAUUGAUUUAAAAGGAAUGGACAGCGUUGCGGAGACAGUACAUCACGUUGUUUGUAUGGUGGAUGCUGUUGGGGAUAAACAGUGGAUUCGUAUCAUGCACGGGAAAAACUCCUUGCAACAUUUUUCGUUCUAUUGCUGUAAUCAUGACUAUGUCCAUGAGCGUGACAACAUUCGUUUUAAUACUACAGAGAAGAAUACAAUAUCAUUAGGGACGAAAAUUCUCAAGGGAUGUUACGUGCUUAAGGCUAUUGAAGCGUUGAAAAUGGAGCAGUGUAUAAUAUUCUGUCGAACAAAACAACAAUGUGACCAAAUGGAAACUUAUCUGCGGAAGAACAAUUAUCGUGCUGCCUGUCUCCAUGGAGAUCGGUCUCCAAAAGAACGAUCACAAGCUCUAGCAGAUUUCAAGAAGAUUCCCUUCCUGGUGUGCACAGACGUCGCCGCUCGUGGUAUUGACAUUACUGGAGUUCCGUUUUUGAUAAAUGUUACGCUUCCUGAUGAAGCUGCACAAUAUGUACAUCGCAUUGGACGUGUUGGUAGAGCAGAACGAAUGGGUCUUUCAAUCUCAUUAGUUUCAACUCAUGAGGAAAAGGUGUGGUACCAUUCAUGCCGAAAUCCAGAUUGCCGAAACACGAAUGAUGUUUCGCAGGGUGGAUGCACUCUCUGGUACAAUGAGCGGAAGCUACUAGCAGAUAUUGAGGAACAUCUUGGGCAAACGAUAUCAAUAGUCGAUUCUGCAUUCGAGAUUCCGGUCGACGAAUUUGACGGAAAAAUUGUUUAUGGAUCGAAGCGAAUGAAUGGUAAGUAUCCAUGUUUGCUAAGUUGA